AUGGAAACGUACGAUAAAUUGGUGAAAGUGUUCGGUGAUGAAGCCCUGAGUCGUGCUCAGGUGUUUCGAUGGCAUAAAAAUUUUAAAAAUGGUCGUGAAAACGUCGGGGAUGAACCGCGAAGUGGGAGACCGGUUGCAGCUCGAACUGACAACAAUGUUCAGCGUGUGCGCACUCUCGUGCAUCAAGAUCGGCGUUUAACCGUUCGAAUGUUGGCUGAUGAACUUAAUUUGAAACGAGAAACCGUCAGAAAAAUUUUAACUGAUGAUUUGUCCAUGAANCCAUGCCAUCGUGCCUUCAGUGUGUCGCGAUUUUUGACCUCUAAGAACAUCGCAGUGUUGCCACAAGCGCCCUAUUCGCCGGAUAUGUCACCCUGCGACUUCUUUUUGUUCCCUCAAACAAAAUUGGCCGUGAAAGGAACGCAUUUUGAGUCCAUAACUGACAUCCAGAACGCCGUAACGAGGGUACUUCAGGAUAUUCCAGUCAAAGCCUUCCAGAAAUGUUAUGAGAGCUGGAAAAAACGUUGGAACCAGUGUAUAGGGGUGGGAGGGGAGUACUUUGAAGGGUAUCACAUCGAUGUAUCUUAA